AUGUCUCAACCGUGGCGGCAGCUGUUGGUACCAGGAGGGAAUGUCCAAGACGCUCCCACCGUCCAGAAUCCAUCGUGGUUGACAAUUGUCAAUGCCGUCCAGCUUUUCAUCGCUGUCGCCUCCAACUUUGUUUUGUUCCUCAACAUGGCAAAGAGGAUUCGUUUUAGCAUAGCACAGCCGAUCACGAUAGUUGGAUGGUAUAUUUCAGCUAUUCUACGUAUUGCAAUGGGUGCCACUGCCGCAGGACCGCUCCUCAAAGGGAUCGACUUCCCAAAAAGUGAACUCAUCUGGUCUCAAGCCUUCUGGUAUGGCAUUUGGGCAGCCCUGCUCUACUUUGUCGAUGCUACACUUAUGGCUUUAACCUUUUGGGGCGCUUCAUCCGGUCACUACGGAAAGGAAUUCACAUUGACGUAUAAUCAACGUACUUUGAUGUUACAGACGAUCAUUUUUCUCCUUGAACUCUUAAUAGGAGCUCGUGUCUAUUCUGCCGUGGAAGGCUGGGAGUAUCUGGAUGCUGUUUACUGGGCAGAUGUCACAAUGUUCACAGUCGGCUUUGGUGACUAUGCCCCGAACACUACUCUCGGCAGAGCUCUCCUCAUCCCUUAUGUUAUCUUCGGCAUUAUCAGCCUGGGGUUGGUAAUAGGCUCGAUCAGGAAACUGUUCCUCGAUCGCGGAACACGCCGCUUUGUCAUCAGGACAGAGGAGAAGACUCGGAGAAAGGUGAUUGGAACGAUGCUACGGAGACAACACGAUGAACUGCUUCAACCCAUUUCGACAGAAUCUCAGCCAACUGGAGCGAAAUCAGAUCAACCACUCUCAUCCGAGUUUGAGCGACGCAAAGCAGAGUUUCAUAUAAUGCGCACGAUACAAAAGAAAGCAUUGACCCGGAUGAGAUGGAUGGUGAUGACCACAUCUACGGCAUUAUGGCUCGCACUAUGGCUUAUAGGUGCGGUCAUCUUCAUGAAGGCCGAGGCUCCAUAUCAAGGCUGGACAUAUUUUGACGCGUUCUAUUUUUCCUUUGUGUCCUGGGUAACUAUCGGAUAUGGCGACCUUACGCCGGUCUCUAAUGCUGGAAAAUCAUUCUUCGUGUUUUGGUCCUUGUUGGCCUUGCCCACCAUUACGAUGCUCAUCUCGCAUGCUGGCGACACAGUGGUCAAGGUCAUCCAAUACGGCAGUCUUCGACUGGGGAACAUCACAAUUCUUCCAGGUGAUGAGAGUUUUAUGGGAAAUUUGAAGCACAUAAUCAGUCUAGGCACAUUCGGAUGGAUCUUUUCAGACCAUUGGGAUUCUGCAUCACCGGAACUUGCCUUAUCCAAAUCCUUUUCCAAGCAGAGACUAGAUGACUUCAUGUCCAAAAAUGAGGCUGAGCUUGGUGCCACGGCGGCAGCCUCAUAUUCGGUUGGUCAUCAAAAUGUUUCAAGGAGGCAUCACAAAAGACACGCGAACGCCCCAUCGGAACACAAAUAUGCACGAUUUCGUAAUGCUCACGACGAACUUCCCACAGGAACAAACUUCCACUUUCUCCUCAUCUCGGAGAUACAAGUCAUUGCCAGUCAUCUUAAAGAGUCCCCACCUCACCGGUACACUUUUGAGGAAUGGGCAUGGUAUCUCAAGCUUUUGGGAGAAGACGAACGUGAACCGGGAACACACUGCAAGGUCACCUUGCCGAUCAAGAAGCGCGAAUCUCAAGGCGAGGGCUUGGAUAAGCAGAAGUUGGUGUGGUCAUGGGUUGGUGACCAAAAUCCUCUGCUGAGCCUCCAAAUUGAGAGCGAGUGGAUAUUUGAAAGGCUGACGGAGAGGCUUAGGGAGUCUUUACUGGCGGAGAGAAGAGGGCAACUGUUGAGCGGUGCUGGCGAUGAUUCAGUGGAAUGGCAUAUUAAU